UGCAUUGUUUUGAACCUCAUGCACAAUGUACAGCUCGUGCUAAUGCACACAUCUCAUUGUAAAGGCGAAAUAAUUGUGCAAAUAUUGAGUAAAUAUCAAGGAUCCUUAAUAAUGAAUCUGUUUGAUGUGCAGUUUUGAGUUGCACGAGUAUACAGAGAGUGAAUCUGGAGAUGGGGUGCUGCACGGGGAGGUGUAUGUUCAUAUUCUUCUGCGCAGUUCAGCUGAUCGCUGCUGUGGAGAGACAGGUGUUUGAUUUUCUAGGUUACCAGUGGGCGCCCAUCCUUGUCAACUUCCUGCAUGUCAUUGUGGUGAUAUUGGGAUUGUUUGGGACAGUCCAUUAUAAGCCCAGAUACAUUAUUUUGUAUAUAGUCUGGACUGUGUUUUGGGUGAUAUGGAACAUCUUUAUCUGUUGCCUUUAUCUAGACAUCGGAGGCCUCUCUAAGGACGGUGAUUUUAUGUCAUUGGGGCUUUCCUCUCACCAGACGUGGUGGAAAGACAAGAGUCUGGGCUGCAAGAAUAUAAACAUCCCACACACUAGGUGGCAGCAUCUCAACAGUCCUGCUCAAGUCUCUGAGCUGGGUUGCAUACUAGAGUAUCAAUACAUUGAGGUCCUGCAUAGCGCCCUUCAGUUGUUCCUUUCUGCGAUGGGAUUUGUUUUUGCCUGCUACAUCGUCAGCUUCUUCAAUGAAGAUGAAGACACAUAUGUGUAUAAAUGAAAGGGUCCAGCUUUUAGCAACAUUACCAGAGAAGGACAUUUUCAAGAAAGGUCACCAUUUCUCAACAAACAAAGGACACUACAUAUUUCAUUAACAGUACUUCAGACAACAAUUAUAAACAGUAAGAAUAGUAUACCACCAAAUAAAGGACAAAAAAGCAUGAGAGUUCAUCUAUAUGAGAUCUUGAUGAAACCUGAAAAAACCUUGUACACUUUUGGGGAAAAUCUGCAGAAUUCUAUGAAAAUCAUGUUUAACCUUUUGAAUUGUGCAAAAAGUAGGCCUGGCCUACUCAUAGAUUGUGUGUUUAAUAUUUUUCUGAUUUAAUCUGCUUUCAGAUAUACCAAUGAAAUUGUGGAAUGCUAUUGGUAUAUCUGAAAGAAGAUUAAGUUAGCAACAUAUUAAACAUUCAAUCUAUAGAGAGGACAUAAGAUGUGUAGAACUUAUGAAUAGAGCUUGUUAAUUGACAUUAUGCUUUAUUGAAUGUUGUGCCAUCAUGGGAGGAUUGCUGCUAGUGCUUUCAAUGCAGUUUUUUUUUUUAUUAGGAAAUAUAACUAUGGUGUUAAAAAACUCCAAUAGCAUUACGCAGAGUCGUUCAGGAAAAGCCCAUGGUUCUUUUACUUUCAAUUUCUCCAUAUAUUAAACAAAAGUAACUGUACAUAUCAAAACAGUAAUAGCAGUGGAGUAUUAUCCUCCCAAGAUGGCGGAGCCGCCACAACAUAGGGCGUGACGUCAGCUUCACAUUCUCUAUAAGGGUGUCCUUAUUCUUCACAGUUCUGUGGAGUUCAGAAUGAAAUGGGUAAAUUUCACGUAGCCUGCUCUGUGAACUUUAUUUGUGUAAGAGAAAGAAAUGGCAGUGAGAAUGUCUGCAUGUCUUGGUCUGUUGUCUUGUUCACCCAAAGAAAAAUGUAACACAAAACCAAACCUCAUUUUGUGAGUGUAAAUAUUUCUACAUACUGUUUGGCGAUAUCAAAUCUUGUUCAGUACUUAAUUUCAUUUUAGUUAUGACAAGCCAAAUACUUUUUUAUAAUUUGAUGAAAAAAAUGUCUCAACACCAUUUAGCAGGCCUACGAAAAUCGGCAUUUUAUGAGCCCCCUAUGGGUUUUGAAAGGUAAUGAAGAAAUUCCCAAAUGAUCCUCGCGUUGUAGUGACACCUAGUGGACACAUUAUUAAACUGCAAGCGUUUGUGUUUACUUGUGCCCAGAGUAAUGAUUAAGAUCAAUAAACAUGCCUCGAUUAUUGUGUAUGACUGACUGAUGAUUAUGCAGUAAAUGUCCUUCUGUCGGACAAA